AUGACGUCAGCGGUGCCGGGAAACCCCCCGGAGGUGACGCAAGCAGGAGGGUUCGGCGGGCAGGCGGCGCGAGCGGCCAGGCUGGAGCUGGUGGAGGUGGGAUCUCCGAAAAAGGCAGCUUCGGGCGAAGCUUCCGGGAACGAAGAGGAGGAGGAGGUGGAGGGGCGAGUGGCAGAGGUUUCUGGGACGAAGGGGGACACAAAGGAUUAUCCUUUGGGCCUUCAGAAGGGGGAAAAUGAUUCGGCUCUGGAGCGCCAUGGUUCGGACGAGGAAGGAACAGGGGUUGUCGAGGCAGCAGCAGUGGGUGGUGGUGCGAUGUCUGGAGAGAGCCGAACGGAGAUGGUUGGUGUUACAGCGGCAAACGGAGGUGGUAACAUCAAUUCAGCUGCCUCUUAUCCGUUCAUGCUCCCGUAUCCUCCUUAUGCGGAUCCCAGGACCCUCCCUGGUUUCCUGAAUGGUGGUGGCGGGAAUCCUCAAGGCGCGUUGGGAAAUGUUGCAGCUGGUUCGGCUGGUGACGAUGCUUAUGCACCGCCUUUCUGGUUCGGACAGGAGCCUUGGUUCGGGCAGGCGCCUUGGCUAGACCAGUCUCCUUGGGCGAGCCAGUCGCCUUGGCUCACUGCGUAUACAGAUAAGCUCCCUGCGCUUGGCUAUGGGCCUGGUUAUCCCCGUUAUUGGCUUCCUCAGUUCUAUCCUGCGCAUCCCGAGGCUCCAGGUCAAUUCUUCUCGCCUCGUCCUGCAGCAGCAUCCAGUGAUUCCCCGAGCCUGUCUUGGAGCCUCGGCCCGAACCUGGGCGCGUAUCCAGGUGCGUGGGGUGCCGAGCCUGGGUCCAGCGCAUAUGCAGCAUUGCCUGCUCCAACGGAAGUCGCUGCAGAGCUCUCCCUGCUUUCGGGUAGUGCUUCUCCUUCAGGGUCUGUAGCAGCUGAGGCGGUUUCUGUGGCGCUUGAGGCGGUUUCUGCGGCACCUGAGGCGGUUUCUGCGGCACCUGAAGCGGUUUCUGCUGCGCUUGAGGCAGCUGCUGUGACACCUGAGGCAGUUUCUGUUUCAUCAGCAUCAGCAGCAGCAGCAGCAGCAGCACCAGCAGCAGCAGCAUCUGCUGCAGCAGCUGAGGCAGCGGUUUCUGCGGCUCCUGAGGCGGUUUCUGUGGCUCCUGAGGCGGUUUCUGCGGCUCCUGAGGCGGUUUCUGCGGCUCCUGAGGCGGUUUCUGCGGCUCCUGAGGCGGUUUCUGUGGCUCCUGAGGCGGUUUCUGUGGCUCCUGAGGCGGUUUCUGUGGCUCCUGAGGCAGUUUCUGCGGCACCUGCGACGACACCUGAGGAUACACCAGGGGCUCCUGAGGCAGUUGAGGUGGCACCUGAGGUGGUGACUGCAUCACCUGAGACGGCAACUGAGAUGGCACCUGCAGCACCUGAGGCAGUUUCCGCGGCACCUGAGGCGGUUUCUGUGGCACCUGAAGCAGUUUCUGCAGCACCUGAGGCAAUUAGUGUGGCACCUGAGGCGGUUUCUGCGGCACCUGAGGCUAUUCCUGCAGUACCUGAGACAGCAGCUGAGGUUACACCAGUGGCACCUGAGGCUGUUUCUGCGGCACCUGAGGCUGUUUCUACGGCACCUGAGGCUGUUUCUGUGGAACUUGAGGCUGUUUCUGUGGCACCUGAGGCGGCACCUGUUGCACCUGUGGCUACACCUGGACCUGAGACGGCACCUGAGGUGGCGCCUAUAGCACCUGAGGCGGCACCUGUGGCACCUGAGGCAGUACCUACAGCACCUGAGACACCUGCACCCGAACCACCUGUAUCUGAACCAUCUGCACCGGAAGCACCUGUAACCAAAACACCUGUACCCGAAGCAGCUGCUACCAUCCGAACCACAAACACCGAGCCUCCUGAGCUGCCCAGGCGACUGGACGACCCAACCACUGGAACAGUUGCUGCCACCCGUAUCCAAUCCGCAUGGAGAGGACACUCCCUCCGCCUUACCAAGCCUCUUGAGGCGGCUCGGACCAUAGCUGAGGUUCGGCGGUUGGCUCGGGAGAUGGCGGAGAGGCUUGGUGAGGAGGGGUAUGCGUUCAAAGUGGCGUCCGACCCAAAGGAGAAGCUUCGGGUGAGUGAGACGAUUAUGAGCUGGCUUCUUCGGCUGGAUGCGCUGCUGUCGCCGAACCAGGAGGUCCGGGAGCUGCGACGGGGAGCGGUUCGGGAGCUGACGAAGCUGCAGGAUCGGGUGGAUUCUCUGAAGCCCACCGCUGUGGCUGCCGAACCUGUUGCUGUGCCUGCUGAACCUGGUGCAAAAAUAGCUGCCGAACCUACCCAAUCCGCCUCCGUGUCUUGCCAGUCCUCCACCAAGGUUGACGUGCAGUUGUGUGGGCGUGGGAGCGAGGGUCCUGAGGAGGUGCGAGUUGUGUUCUGCAAUAAUGAGGAGAAGGGGAGGGCGAGGAAAGAGGAGAGGGAGGAGGAGAGGAGCGAGUUGGAGAGGAAGGAGGAGAGGAAGGAGAGGAAGGAGGAGAGGAAGGAGAAGGAGGAGGAGAGGAAGGAGGAGGAAAAGAAAAAUGAGGAGAGGCAGGAGGAAGAGAAGGGGGAAGAGGAAGGUUAUAAGGAGGGAAGGGGGAGGCGAGCUGCUCUGGAGGUGUGA